AUGGCGUCAGGCACAGGGAACUGCAAGAAGAAGAAAGACACGGAGAGUAGCCCGGUGUCCGAGCUUUCCGACGAUUUCCUCGUCGAGAUCUUCUCUCGCGUGCCCUACAGGUCCACAUGCUGCUUCAAGUGCGUCUCCGGGCGCUGGCGCGACCUCGUCUCCCACCCGGACCACCGCAAGAAGCUGCCCCAGUCGACCCUUGCCGGCAUCUUCUACCAAAUCCGCAACAAGAAUACAGGUUACCAAAGCCUAUCGGGGAACUGGUGCGCUAGCAUGGACACCUCCCUCUCGUUCAUGCUGCCCAAAGACGAUAGAUUUGCGAUGCACUUGUUAGACGGCUGCAAUGGCCUCCUCCUCCUUUGCCGACGCAGGACACGCCUUGGUCCCAACAAUAUAGCAGACUACGUGGUGUGCAAUCCCGUCACUGAAAGGUGGGUGGUUGUGCGUGCCACCAACUGCUCCAGCAACGUCUCGAUCGCUCGCCUGGGGUUCGACCCGGCCGUCUCCUCCCACUUCCAUGUGUUCCAGUUUGCGCCUGCUGAUUUUGUGGGUGCGAAUAGGCCGACGAUUGCUGGUGCUACUACAGACAUCAAAUCAGUGGGGAUCUACUCAUCCAAAGCUGCAGUUUGGGCACGUCGAGUUGGCUGGAAGAGUCCAAUAUCGGUACGCCGCACUUCAGAAAGCGUGUUUUUCAGGGGGAUGCUGUAUCUGUCUACGAAUGCUGGUUUGGUUAUAGGUGUUGGCGUGGAGGGAAACGUAGGGUCAUCCGUGCCCCUAUGA